AUGCUCAAGCACUGCCCUGGCCGUGGGCAGUACCAGGGAUGCUUCAGUGAGAGCAAGUGGGGAGGCAGAAGAGAGAAGUAUAAAUGGGACCUUUUUGUUUCCUGUGCUGAGAGGAUGUCCAAAAAGAUGUGUGAAGUGCCAAAUGCUCUUCGUGCAGUAUUGGGUAUAGAGACUCUGAAGGCACCAGGUCGGGCUACAGCAAAGGGACAAGCUUCAAGCAGCAUCAUGCCAAUGCCAUUGGCACUAGGCGUUGAGAAGUUUAUUCUCGAACGCAUUCAGUCAGGAGAAGAAGUGACACGGGAUUACGUAGCCAAUCUGGUUGUUUAUAUGGCCAAGCAUUGGAACGAACACAUUGAAAAGUUCAGGGAGCAGGCUUCUUUGGUAUUGGGGCAACAGGUCUUGAAGGACUGCGACCAACACGUCAUUGCCACCGACUCCCCUUCGGAGAAGGAGGUUGAGGAGGCACAGAAGGUGGCAGCUGUCGCCAUGAACGAUGCAAUGCGAACGUUGAGACCGUUCGAGUUCAGCUUGCACCCCAAAGCACUCGAGUUGGAUAUGGAGGCAAGCCUAAGGGCAGACGCAUGGGCUUUGCAGCAGUUGGGGGCGUAUCAACAAGGAAAGCUCAUUGCCUACGCGUGGGUGAGCAGAGGACUCACAUCCAUUGAAGACUUUGCAUCUUGGCAUUUUGACGGAAAUGUGGAGAGUGCAAAGCAGGCUCUUGCCAGAACAAAGGAUGCUAUGCGGGCUCUCUUGGCCUUGGAGGAGCUGCCGUCAGUGGAGAGCGCCAAAACCCUGGAAUCUGUGAAUUUGGCAGAGCAAUCUGUUCUUGAGGGAGAACUUGUGUCUCAGUGGGCCAUUCAGGCAGAUGGGGAUGGCAGCCAACCAGUUCCACUCCCUAUGUGGUUCAAGCCAGCAAUAGACAGAACGAUCAUGAUUUGGACCAAAGAAGCCAGCAAGUGGGAUGAGUGUUUGGCCAAGCGCCACAAGAAUGGGAGGGAGCAUUUCACGCCAAAGCAGCAGGAGCAGUACGAUACCUGGAAAGGUACAUGGUGUAGACGCGUCAUUUUGGACAAAAAGCGGCAGAUUCAAGUCCUCAAUUUCCACAAAAAGAACCUCACCCAGCUCCGGAGCAGCUGCUUGUUGCUUGAGGUUCAGUUGGCCAGGGAAGCAGAGAACUUAAAAAUUCGUUCAGGCACAGGCAUUUUCUAUCGGCUGAAGUUGCUAGAAGUGAAGGUCCCAGCAGCCGAGCUACCGGCAGAGCUCGACCACUUCCCAGAGGAUGCAUUGUCCGAUUGUGAUGCUGAAGAGGGGGAUGGCGGGGAAGAUGAACACGAGCAAAUGGAUGAAGCUAAUGGCAUGGAUGGAGAAGGCUCUGAGGGCAUACCAGAAGACCUUGAUGGUUUUCAAUUCCCGGAUGCUAGCGAUGAUGAUGAUGAUGCGGAAGGGGAGAAAACAACCUUGCCCAAGGGUGGCAAGCGCGUGCCAGCUGCUGAGGAGAGAGAGGAAUUCAAGGAAUUAAGAUCCCUUGGCCUGACCCUGAAGCCUCCUGGCACCUCUAUUGGGGUCCAUCCAGCGAACAGGGUUUGGCGUGGAUACUGCGGAGAAAGCAAAUACUUUGGUCGGAGCUGGGGGCAACACAGGUCUCCAAAACAGGCCUUGCUCCUGGUGUACAGGUUGGUCUUGGGGGAAUACCUCAAAACCAAUGUUUCCGAUCAUUUUGCCAAGAAGCAGUUUACCCGUAUUCAAGCUGCAUGCGUGGAGGAGGGGCUUGGUCCCACUGACUGGGAGGCAAAUGAGUGA